AUGUGCAAUCCCAAUGCCCAGCUGCCAGGUCCAAAUCCAUAUCCCCCCAACAUCAGGUACCCUGGAGGUUCCAAUCAUGCCAACCUACCACCUACCAAUACAAUCUUUCCUCCAGGCCCCUUUUCUCCCCAACCAGGAGCUCCCCAGGGAAAUCCAGCUUUCCCUCCAGGUGGGCCCCCUCAUCCUGUGCUAUAGCCAGGGUAUUCAGGAUGCUACCCUCCUUUAUACCCACCACCUGCCCCUGGAAUGCCUCCUGUGAAUCCCUUGGCUCCUGACAUGUUAGGACAAGGAGUGAUAGUGGACAAGAAGAUGCAGAAGAAAAGGAAGAAAGCUCAUAAAAAGAUGCACAAGCACCAGAAGCAUGGCCCGCAUUCCCCCUCUUCCUCCUCCUCUUCCAACAGUGACCUGACUGAAUACAGGCUCUGGACCCUGUAUUCGGACCCUACCCGGGAUUGUAAGAAGGAGCUGCAGAUAAUGAGGGAACUGCUCUGCCAGAACUGGCCUAAGCAGCUGCUUCAAGAAAGAGCCGCCCUGUGUAAACAACACAAGGCAGUGCUAAUGAGCAGGCUAGUAAUGGGCCUCAAGCACCCCAAUACCAUCCAGGAAGAUCUGAAUGCCAUCUGUGGCUGGGGCUGUGUGGAGACAGGGGCUGUGGCUGCCUUGGUUUGUCAUGGCCCCACCACAGAUGCACUUGUCCUGUGCUGCUUCACCAGCAGCGAGCUGUCCAUGGCCCUGAGCCUGUCACACCAUGCUUGCUACCUCAUGCUGCUCUUGUGUGAAUAA